UUCUGUUAUCGAAUUUCUUUUGUUGGAGUUGGUUUCAAAAGAAAUGGAGAGUGAAUCCAAAAAACCAAUUAAAAUUUAUGGCAAUGAUGCUUUAUCUAGCAGGGUUGCCGCAUUUCAAAAGAAAGCUGAAGAACACAAAGUCAAGCAAAAGACCAACCCCUUUUCUCACAGUGGAAAUGUAUCCCAUUUUGAUCGCCCAAAGUGGGACAAAAAUGACCCCCGAUAUGGUCGACCUGCAGAAGGAUCGAAAACCGAGCAAAGAGGCAUGGCUGCUGGCGCACAUAUCAGUAAUGAAGUGCUGUUUUUGUGUGAGAUGAUCAAUGAAUAUGGAGUACCCUGUGAAAAUGACACUGUUUGUAUUACAUUUGGGGAACUUUUUCAGAUCUACACCACCAUAUCAAAUAAAGUUGUUGGCCUCUUAAUGAGAGCUCGAAAACAUGGUUUACUUCAUUUUGAAGGGGAAAUGCUGUUUCAGCGACGAGAUGAUGAUGUCAUCAUCACUCUGCUAAAACCUCUCAGUGAGUUGAAACAAGAAUUUGGCCCAAAAGCACCGCCUAAAAGAAAGCAUGAAGUGCAAGAAGAGGUUCUGCCAAUUUCUCCUGAAGAUUAUUAAUAUAAGUUUUUGAGUUACUUUCGAUCAAAGUUUG